AGCUGUCAAAACAGUAAACAAGUUGUGCGGUCUCCGUCGUCUCGUUGCGGCGCUUUCGGUUAUGUAAAAAAGUAAAAAUUGCAUUUUUCGCGUUGAAAAAUGCUGAGCAUUGGUGAACUAAUUACCAAAGUGCAGUGCCUGCGACUGGCCCGCAAUGUGGCCCCACUCGCAGCGCGAUGGACCACCGUGUUGUCCUCGAGAACGACCACGAGCGAAUCGACUGCCGUCGCCGCCUCCGCGGAACAGCAGAAGAAGGUCGUGAAAACGAGUAAAGCCAUGAAGUCUUAUCUGGAGCGGGCCAAGGCCCACGACGAGUUUAUGCGCAUCCAGAACACGGAGUUUAAGCUUGGCAAGCGCCACUUGGCCAACAUGAUGGGUGAAGAUCCGGAAACGUUCUCCCAGGACGACAUUGACCGGGCGAUCCAGUAUCUGUUUCCUUCUGGGUUGUACGACAAGCGGGCGCGCCCCAUGAUGAAGCCCCCAGAGGAGGUGAUCCCGCAGCGGAAGGCGGCCGAGUUCGAUGAGACGGGACGGCCGUUCCACAGCAUGUUCUACACCAGCAGGCCAAACUACAGCAAGCUUUUGUAUGACGUCGUUGAAAACAUCAACAACCUGAACGGAUUCGAGGACCGGAUGAUGAGGAAGCAGUUGAAGCCGGACGAGAGCCAAAAGCUGGAAGCGUCUGGGUCGGAAUGGAUUCACAAGGAUGCGUUGGAGAAGAUUCUCCUUGAGGACCUCACCGACACGGAGUACGACAACUUUGUCCUGGCGAUGGAACGUUUGCUUCAGCAUCCGUACUCGUACCGGGAACAGGAGUUUAUCAACCGCUAUCGGAAGCCCCUUCUGGCCAAAACCGAUGCCGACCAGUUGCCGCAGCCUCAGUUUGACGCCGACGGACGUGCCUUCGUCACCGUGUACGAGUGUCUACGCAAGACGGCCCGAGCGGACGUGACCGUGACCGUACCCGGCACCGGCAAGAUCACCAUCAACGGCCAGGACAUCACCUACUUCGAGGCAAUUCAAUCGCGCGAGCAGGUGCUCUUCCCGCUGGUCUUCGCCGACAUGGUCAACAAGGUGGACAUUGUGGCGAACGUCGAGGGGGGAGGUUUUGCCGGCCAGGCCGGUGCCAUCCGCUGGGGCAUCGCGAUGGGACUGCGCAGCUUUGUGGACGCGGACACGAUCGAUCGGAUGCGGAUUGCGGGUCUGCUGCAGCGGGACUACCGUCGGCGGGAGCGCAAGAAGCCGGGCCAGGCCGGAGCCCGCCGGAAGUACACCUGGAAGAAGCGAUAGAAAGUUGCGUUGGAAGGCAUUUUGCUAGCGAGUAAUGAAAAUAAAGAUUAUAAUUCCAAAUUG